CUAAAAAGAGGUGACAAAUUUGAAAUCACUGGCAAUCAGUUUCAAGCACUUUCAAAUCAUUUCCUUGCUGCUUGGGAUGAAGAAAAUUUUUUAUCAAUUCUGAAUCGGGAUCCAGAACACGAGAAAAUGAACGUUAUGAAACCAGUUUUCUACGAGGAUGUCCUGAAAAGGAUUGGAUAUGGAAGAUGUCAAGUUACCAUCACAAUUGUUGGAGCACUGUGUAUCAUGUGCUCUUUCAUGUUGGCAUGUGUUCCACCCUAUGUACUGCCUAUUGCUCAAUGUGACCUCAAUCUCACAUCACAAGAUAGAGGAACAUUGAUUUCCGCAGGAUUUGUUGGAAUCAUAAUCAGCUGUCACAUUUGGGGACUAUUGUCAGACACACUUGGAAGACGAUUCAUUCUCUCGAGGUGUCUAUUGGUUGAUGGCAUUUUGUAUCUUGUAAAUAGUUUUGCUCCUGACUUUUGGUUCUUCUUUGUAGUGAGACUACUAAACGGAAUCUCAUCCUGUGGAGGUGUUGUAUCAGCUUAUGCUUACAUUGGAGAGUUUCAUACAAAACGUUAUAGGAAUCAAUCCUUGCUAAUUGCUUCAUUCAUAGCUGUCAAUUUGUAUUAUAUUUUACCAGGAGCCGCUUUUCUGGUCUACUCUCUCGACUUCCAACUACCACUCUUCUCCGGGAAAAUAGUAUACAAUUCUUGGAGGCUAUUCUAUGCGUUGUGUGGCAUCCCUAGUUUGGUUACUUCAUUGUGGCUCUUCCUGCUACCAGAAAGUCCGAAGUUUCAUCUGGCCAAGAACGAUAAAGAGAAAGCUAUGAGUGUCAUUCGCUGGAUCUACAACAAGAACACAGGAAAGCCAGGAGAUGAGUUAGUGAUUGGUGAUAUUAUAAUCGAGGACAGGCUCUCUAGUCAUCUGGAUGUCAAUGGCAAAAGUAGUGUAUCAUCUAUUGGCAAGCUAAUUUUGGCACAAACUGUUCCACUAUUCAAGGCACCAUUGAGGUUCAGCUUGUUCCUUGUCUGCACAUUACAAUUCCUCAUAUAUUUCUGCAACAGCGGUGUUAUGAUGUGGCUACCAGAGGUGCUGAAUAAAAUUGCGAUCUAUCAGAACCAACAUCCAGAUUCUGAUGGAACAGUGUGCAUUGCACUGGAGAGUCACUACCACUCCAAAGAUCAGGUACCACUCGUGAAAUACAACACGGUGAAGAGGAGCAUCAUCUCAAACUACAGUGAAAUAGUCAGUAGUACAACAGAAUCCAGUUAUAUUUUUACAGCAUCAACUUCAGCGGCAAGCUCUGACCAAGCGACUGCUGAAUGCAUUGGGCAGUUGGACUUCUCUGUAUUUGUGAGAACAGCAAUACUCGGAUCAUUGUCAGCCUUAUUGCUCAUAAUCAUUGUGCUCGUCAUGAAUGUUGUCAAGAGGAAAUAUGCUCUAGGAUUUUGUAUAUCGUGCUCAAUUGCUGGCAUACUGGCUGUCAUACACUUCGAAUACAUGGAUCUGCUCGUUGUAGAGCUGGGAGUUGUGGGUUUAUUCACAAAUGUCUCAUUUCCGGUAGUGACUGCUGCUACUGUUGAACUAUUCCCAACCAAUCUAAGAGCGAUGGCGACCUGCUUAUCAUUGAUGAUGGGACGUCUUGGAACCGUGACAGCUAACCAAAUUGCAGGAGCUUUCCUGUACAGUAAUUGUGUUACUGUUCACUAUGCUUACCUUUUUUCUCUCCUGAUGUCUCUAAUUCUCAGCAUGUUCUUACCAUCGAAACCAAGAUUCGUAGAAGGAGGAUCUACCGACAAACUGAGCCAAACACCGUGAAAAGUUUCAAGCAAUCCAAAGAAAUUAUCAAUACGGUAUUGCUGAAGCACACAAUACGUUAUAAAGUAUGUUCUCUUCUCACUGAUAUCAUGACAUUAUAGUUGUUAUAGUACAAAUUAUGCACUGAUCUCUCCAUUAAAUUAAUUAUAUUAUUGGC